ACGUCACUAAAAGUUUCUAAAGUUUUUACCAGACGAGGCAUUUCAGUUGCAAAACUUUUGACGUAUCUUGAACAGGGAAAACGACAAAAUCCUUUCUUACUAUGAUUAGACUUCUGUUCGUCUUUCUUAUAGCGCUGUGUAAUAUUAAAGCUUCCAUUACGAGUUCAUCUUGUAGGGUUGCUUUCGAACCUGUUGGAUGUUUCCGGGAUGACGGGCGAAAACCAAAGCCACUUCCCGAGCAGUUAUUGAAUGACCGAGAGAAAAUCGAUUGGAAUAAUUGGGACUCGUUUAUGGAAGAUUUGGUUUGUCGGUGCGCAAAGAAAACCUUGGAUGAAGGGUACGACACGUUUGGGAUCCAGUAUUAUGGGGAAUGCUGGAGUGGACCUGAGAACCUUAUCGAUAUUGAUCGCGACGGAUCUUCAAAUGAGUGCAUCAGUCAUGGCUACCAGAGUUGUAAGGCCCAGAACACCACUUGUGUUGGUAAAAAUGGAGCUAACUUUGUCUACAAGCUAGUUCAGCCAAGCUGUUCAAUCCAGAUCGAACGUGUUGGUUGCUUUAAAGACGACAUGAUACCCCCACGACCAUUGCCCGAGUACAUCCUGAGCGAGCGUGACCCGACUGCUCCCUCGUAUAAUGGUACAGAUAUCGAUUGGAUUAACUGGAAUUCCUACAUGCCGGGAUUUAUCUGCCGAUGUGCCAUGCUGGCCAGAAAAUAUGGAUACACUGUGUUCAGUAUACAGUUCUUUGCGGAAUGUUGGAGCGGACCGGCAGCUAUCAGAACAUACGAUCGAAAUGGCGAGUCUUCUCGCUGCAUCAGUAAGAAUCUAAGGCCCUGUAAACCAGACGACAGAUACUGCGUUGGCAAGCAAUUCACCAACUUUGUCUACAGGAUUGUUGAGCCUUGUGACAUCACCUAUACACAGCUUGGUUGCUACAGAGACAAACUCGAUACACCACGGCCUAUCCCUAUUCUCAUGUCAACUGAGCAAGAUCGUACAAGCAAGCAAUUUAAUGGUCACGUGGUUGACUAUCGCAGAUGGGAUGAACACAUGGAGGGAAUGAUAUGCCGUUGUGCAAAAAGAUCGUUUGGCAGCAAGUUUAAGAUAUUUGGCAUGCAGUCUUACGGAGAGUGUUGGAGUGGUGAAGGAGAGAGGACCUAUCGUAAAGAUGGCGGAUCUAACAGAUGUGUAGCCAAACGAUUCUCCACUUGUCCCCCCAAGAGUUUGCACUGUGUUGGAGAAGUAGCAGCCAAUUAUGUGUACUACGUAACAUCAUGCGAUGUAAAGUUUGAAGCCGUGGGAUGUUUCCAUGACGACCUCAUUCUACCAAGGCCCCUACCUGACCUGAUCCUCAGUGAAAGAGACUCAACCAGCCCUGUAUUUAACGGCCGUCGCAUUGAUUGGUUAAAUUGGGACACGUAUGUUCCAGAGUUCAUCUGCAGAUGUGCAAAACAGGCCAAGGAGUUUCAACGGGAAGUAUUUGGCUUACAGUUUUACGGUGAAUGUUGGUCAGGAGUUAACGGAAACAACACCUUCAACAGAAAUGGACCAUCUACAAAAUGCAUAGGGCCUGGGUACCAGCCGUGUACGCCUGGGUCCAAGACAUGUAUUGGGAUGACUAGUACUAACUAUGUAUAUAGAAUAGUACCAUAGUGCUUUAGAUUCGCGUAUAACGUUGUUGAGAUGAACUGACUGGCGGCUAGCAUCAUUUCUAUCAAAAUAUUCUAAUCAUUGCCGAAAGGUAGGAACUUCGUAUAUGGUACAUUGUCUUAUUUGUACCAAUAAAUGUAUGUGGUGAUCAACGUGUUUGUACCAUGCAUGAAGUACCAUACAAAUUAAGCCUCGUAAUCAAAUCUGAAUUUUAAGAUAUCCAACGUACAAUAAGAACAUUUUCAACACUUGAUCAGAAAAAAAUAUUCCCUUUAGUGUUUUGACUCCAACGAGUCAGGGAAUCAGGUGAAGACCCCUUUAAAAUUCUUGUAAAAACAAUGUUUAGUUAUUUUCUUAAUCGGACUUUUUGUUGUGAUGGAUAAAAUUUAUAUAUUGAGUCCUGCUUCAA